AUGAAUGAAAGAAAAUAAAAUGAAUAUUUAUAAAAAAAUAGUAAGGAGAAAGAGUGGUUGAAUAGAAAAUAAUUAAAAUAUUUAAGAGAUAUUGCCGUUACAAGUGAUGAUUCGGGAGAUGAAUUAGAAAAGAAAAAGGAAUUCAAAAUAUUAUUAAAAUAAAGAAGAAAAUUUUAAUGGGAAUAAAGAAGCUUAAAUUUUAUGAAUUCAAAGUAUACUAGAUUAUAUUCAUAAACAUGUGCAAUGAAAUUUCAGCAUUAUCUAAUUUCAUUCAAUUCUUAGUUAAGAAAGUUAAAAAAACACUUUUCACCUUAACCUCCUUAUACAAUGACUCCUGAUGGAUCGAUAAAAUUAAUUUGGGAUUUAAUUUGUUUAGGAUUUGUUAUUUAUGAAAUGAUUAGUAUUCCCUUUUAAAUUAGUUUUGAGAUAGAAAUCAGUAAUGAAAUUUCAAAUUUAUCAUUGGGAGUGUUUGCUUUUGAUAUGAUAUUGAAUUUUAAUACUGGAGUUUACAUUGAUGGUUCUUUAUAAAUGAAUAGAACAUAUAUUUUUAAAAAUUAUUUAUCAUUUUGGUUUUGGAUUGAUGUAAUUUCAACAUUCCCUUAUGAUAUUAUUAUUGAUGAGUCAUAAUAACUUAUAUAGAGUGCUAAAUUAUUAAGAUUAUUUAAAUUUUUGAAAUUCGUUAGAGUUUUAAAAUUAUUAAGACUAGCAAAACUAAAAAAAAUAAUAGAUAAAAUUGAUGAAUAUAUAUAAACUUCUAGAAUUGUUGGUGUGAUCAUAACUUUUAUAAAAUUAUUUGUAUUUGUACUAUUUUUUGCCCAUGUUUUAGGUUGUAUAUUUCAUUAUACAGCAAUUUAAGAGGAACAUUCUUGGUUAGGAGAUUAAGAAGAAUAUGAUUGGUAGACUAGAUAUAUAUAUUCUUUAUAUUGGGGAGUUGCAACUAUGACGACAGUUGGAUAUGGAGAUAUAAGUCCAUUAACUACAGUUGAAAGAUUUUUGGGAAUAUUCCUAUUGUUAGUGGCUUGUGGUGGAUUUGCAUUUACAAUGAAUUCAAUUGGAUUUGCAUUAUCUUCAUUAUAAGAAAAAUCAAAUAUUAGAAAAUAAAAAGUGAGUCUCUUAAAUAAAUAUAUGAAGAAAGCUAAAAUACCAGAUCUACUUUAAAAUAAAGUUAGAAAAUACUUAGAGUUUGUUUGGGAUAGUCACUAGAUUCUAUUAAAAGAUAUUACAAAAUUAUUAUCUGAUGAAUUAGCAAGAGAUAUCUAAGAAUUAGUAAAUGGAAAAUUAUUUGGACAUAUAGAUAUUUUAUGGAAUUUACAUACUAAGAGAUUUCUUAUGUAAGGAAUUAUACCAAUUUUGGAGGAUAAGUUAUAUUUUCCUGAAGAAAUAAUAUUUCUAGAAAUUCCUUCAAUUACUUAUGAUUUAUUUUUAAUAUAAAAAGGAGAUGUAGAUAUAUAUUUCAUGAAAACAAAUAUUAUAAUUGAUAAGAAAAUAAAGAAUGAUUAUUUUGGAGAAAUCAGUUUUUUUUCUAAUCAAUUAAGAUCAGCCAGUGCAAUAAGUAGAAGCUUUUCUCAUAUUUUUGUACUUAAUUAAUAGAAAUUCUUAGAAAUUGCCAAAUCUUACCCAAGAGAUCUGCAAUAAUACUUUUAAGUAAGAAAUGCAAUAAUAUUUGAAUCAGAUUAUAGUUAUUUACAAAUUAGAUGCUAUGUUUGCUAAAUGGAUGAUCAUUUGGCUAAAGAAUGUCCAGUAUUACAUUUUUAAGUGUAUAUUCUUUUAAUUAUAUAGUAAUGCCCCUCAUUUUCUAUCUUUUUUGCAUUAAUAUCGUAAAAUUGAAUAAACUGUAUAUAUUAGAAAAGAUAGAAUAGAUUUUAAUGCUAGAUCUUCAGCAUACUAGAUAUAAUAAACUUAGAAAAGAUUCAUUUAAAUUAAUAAUAAAAGAAUAUCAUUUCUAAGUUCGAAAGGAAUUGUUGAUACAAUUUUUACUAAUUAUUAUAAUAUUGAAGAGGAUAAUAAUUCUAUAGAUGAUGAUACUCCUUCAAGAAUAAUAACAUCUUUGUAAGUCUCAAUUUUUAAUAAUAAAAAUAAAAAAAAGUUUGAUUAACUAUAAUUUAAUUAUGAAGAAACAUCGAAUCAUUCUAAAAAUACAGUUGGUGCAUUAACUUAAAGAAUUAUGAUAGAAGAAUAAUAUAUUGAUUAAAUAGCAUCUGAUCGUUUUAAUGAUCUUUUGGAUUAAAUUAAUACAUUAAAAUACAAAAAAUAAAAAUAUUAACAUAUUCAUUUUUCAGAAUUAUCAAAUUUUGAUAAAGUAUCAACUUAUCAUAAUUUUUGUUAAAGAGACAAUGUUGAAUUUGUUUUAUAAAGAUAUAAUAAAAUUUAAAAAAGAGGAUUUAUAUCAUAGAUACCACCAAAAUAUAGUUCAUUUGGUGUUGAAGAAUUUUAAUCAUAUUUAUAAUAUUAUUGUUUUAAUUUGAAAUAAGAUGACCUGAAAAGAUAUUUUACUAAAUCUCAAUUAAAAAAGAAAUAAACUAUGUUUGAAUUUGAAAAUACAAGAGUCUUCCAUUUAACAAGAAUAGAAAAGAAAAGAAAUAAAUUUAUAACUAAAAAUUCAAAAGUAAAAUAAUCAUAGAAUAUUAGUUUAGAAGUGUUGUAACAAAAAUUAAAAGUUUAAAUACAUUAAAAAGUAACUCUCGUAUCAGUUUUUGA